AUGACCUUGGAUCAGUCCUUGAGCAUUUACACUCCGAUUUGGGUUUGUACCUUUGCAAUUUGUCAGUUCGGCGAGAACUUUGGCAACAAACUCAUGGACUGCCCCUUCAUCCAAACCUUGAAGACGGUGGACCUGACUGUGCUGAUUGUGGACUACCAAGCUGGCAGCCUUUCACGUACCUGGUGUGGACUGGAAGUGCACUACACCACACAGAACGAGAAGGAGUUCAUGCUUUACACCUCUGCGGGUCGCGUAGGCUCCACCUUCGUCUCCGGCGGCCCGCUGGUCGAGGCCGUGAAGGAGUGGGACAUCCGCAGGAGUGAGGCAUCGGAUCCGCCCUACCGGAGGCAGAUUCUCAACUAUUUGGCCAAGGUCAAUGAGCUCGACGGCUUGAAGAAGACGAAAGGAGGAGAGAUCGCGCUGGAUAAGAUGGGCCGGCCACACUUGGAGGAUGACCGCUUGGACACCUCUGGGGGCAUGACGCGGCUCAAUGGUGAGCCGGAGUUCCUGCACGAAGCCAAGCUCUUCCAAAAGCACGCCAAGAGGUUCGAGCAGUUGAACAUGAUGGUUCGCCUGCGCGUGAUGGCCAAUCUGGGCUUGCCCCGCAAGGUGAAGGGCUGUCGGGAGGCGGACCCAGCGCUACGGGGCCUGUCGCUGAAUCAACUGCGUGUGGUCUCAGCCAAGCUGGAAGCCAGCUGCCCAUGGAGGGACGACGAUGAGGAUUGCCCGUGGCUUGAUGAUGAGCUUGGCGAGGAUGUGGAGCUGGAGUAUAACAGGCUUACCACCAACCAGGUUUCCCUCUGGGUCCAGUGGAGAACAAUGGAGGAGAGCUGCUCUUACAUGGAGUUAGUCUCUGACGAUCCGCAGAAGCCCCAGUACGCCUUGAAUCUGUCGGAGACCCAGAACUGGUCCGAGCGCAUGAUGGCGAUCGAGCUGUUCGCGGAGGCGCAACAGCUGCCAGACUCAGCCGUCUUCUUCGUGGACAUCCUCAGCAUGAACAUGAACGACCGAGAGGACGCUGAGGAGGUCUUUCGGUCGGUGAAGAACGAGUGCGAGGGGCUCAUCUACUUGUUGUCCAAUGAGGAAGAUCGGGACGAAGAUGAAGUGUUGGACACCUUGGGGCCAAUGAUCAUGGAGAUUGGCACCAACAAAGGCAUUUUCUUUGCCUCACGCCAUGGCGUCUUGGCCUGUAGCCAAGCCUUUCGCAGUGGCACCUGGGUCCACGGCGACUUCGAUGUGCAGGUCAUCUACCGGCUCUUGGCCUUGGUGUUGAAGAACGACGACGCCGAGAACGACGCCGCCGAGGUCGACAACGAGAACUUCCGCGCGGUGCUGCGGCUCCACAGCUGGCUGGCAGGGCCAGUGCUCCGGCGCGCGGCGCGGAAGGACGACGCGGAGAGCGUCAAGAGGAUUUGCAGUUUGCCAGGCCUGCGCUUGUCCAGUGACACCAUGAAGGACCACCUGGGCAGGAUGCCGUUGCAUAUCGCAGUGGCCUGUAAGUCCGUCAGUGCGCUGAAGGCGCUUUUGGAGGCGAAGAUGGAUCCCAACGUGGAGGAUGACAUGAAGGACCGACCCUUGCAUUAUGCGGCCAUGGCCGGACAAGAGGAUUUGGCGCAGAUCCUGGUGGCUGCCGGAGCGGAUCCCUGGGGGGAGAACUGCUACACGGAGACCGCCCUGCAGGUGGCGCGGCAAAGCCCCGCGGCCUUCCUGGGAGUCGACACCACGAAGGUGGUGAAGUUUCUCAGCAAGAAGACGCAAGCGAUUCCCUGGAAGGAUGUCAUGAAGACCUUCCAUUCCUUCAUUCGAAGGCCCUCGGCAGUUGGGUCAGCUAUGUCAGCGGCACGAGAGCUGAGCAAAGUGGCUGCGUGA